AUGCUGAGGGCCUCCAACUUCUACGCAACAUGGGAGGAGAAGUUGGGCGAGUACAGCUUGCUGAGAGAUAGUGCCUACAUUGGACAGGCCUUCCCAUUUGUCAUCACUCCUAAGCGUGACAAUGGCGCUCUCUCUGAAGCAGAUCAGCUGCAGAACUCAAAUAUCUAUUGGGGAGGUGGCGGUGAAGACUGUGUGGCAGUUGCUGUUGGAUUUAGUGUAGCAGGUCGGCUGGUUCCAGUGGCAGCAGAUGCUGUGACACUGCUGCAAUGUCCCAGUGCCUCUAGCCUGCGCAACUCUCGCCCCCUCAGAAGUCCCAAUAACAGGGAAAACAACAUCGUGCUGGCCUCCCAGAAGUUCUGCUUCUCACUUCAAAAGUACGGGCAGCUCAGAGCCUCAGUCAUUUGCUCAGUGAUGAACCUUGUCUCUGUUCGUGCUGUCCUGCUGUGCAGCCUCAGCUGGCUCUCUGUCUCAGCGUCUGAGGCUCAGACUGUGGAGGUUCAGUCCAAUGAAGAUGCCACACUCAUGUGCUCCAACAUGACCAUAAAAAGAAAUGCCACCUUCUGGUUCAGACUUGUUGAAGGAAAAGACAUUCAGUGUGUCUCUUUUAAGACCAGUCCUGACAGUGAAGCAAAACUCUGUGGUGGAAAUAAAGUUCCUAGAUAUAAAAUGUGGUCUAACGCCUCCUCCAUGUCUCUCAGCAUCUCUUCAGUGAAAGGGCACGACAGUGGAAUGUACUUCUGUGGAUUCUACUCAGAAGGUCAUCCUGUUUUUAGACUAAAACACUUAAAGAUCAGAGGUCAAGACAGUGAUGAGGCCAAGAAGAGCAUGGACAGUGAGCCUACAAAAGAGUGUGAUGAAACACCAAAGCUGGUCAGUCUGAUCCUCAGUGGUCUGACUGUUUUUCUCGUGAUGGUCAUCGUUGGUCUGGUUGUUCAACACAGGAAACUCCAGACAGCUGCUGCAGAAGAACAGAAUCAACGGGUGAAUGGGAAUACUGCCUCAGAAGAACUGAACUACGCAGCGGUGACAUUUCAGGCAAGAAGAAGAGAACCAGAGCCCAACGUCAUUUAUGCCACCACCAGAUAGAAACAAACUGAAACCACUGCUUGAUGAUUUAUGGAACAGUUUUGUUCUCUUUUUUCAUUUUGAUUUGUUUGAAAAAACCAGUCUGUGCUUCAAGAUAAAGACCUGAUGAAGGCUCCCUGCAGCAAAGCUCUAACUCCUAAUAAGACUUUUUGUUUCUUUCAGUUGGUCUCUUAAGCAAAUGCAGGAAUAUCUGAUGAUUUAUAGAGAUGAGAAAGGUUCACACAACACCUCUCUGACAGGAAAUAACAGCACUGUGUGGUCUUAGCAAAACUGAGAGGCAAAAGAUGAAGUGUGAAGUGUCAAAGGCCUCUAGAAAUGCAUCUUGUGAAAAAGGUUUAAGCCUCUAGCUUCAAUAAAGUUUGAACUUACAGUCUA